AUGCCUCCCGCCCUUCAUAUCUCCGGACUAUGUCAAAUUUGCGACCAACCAGCUUUUGGCCAUCAUUUUGGAGUGUUGAGCUGUCGCGCCUGUGCCGCGUUUUUUAGAAGAGCAGUCAGCUGGACCAGGAAGCCAUCUUGUUUAGAGAAAAAGUGUCCAGUUUUUGGAAAGAAUAUGUGCAAAAUAUGUCGACUCAAAAAAUGCCUGACAGUUGGAAUGGACGUCACAAAAUUCCAAAAGAAUCGAGAUCCUAUAUCCAACUCAUAUUGCGAACGGAGCAAGAUUGCAACACCACAAAGUCUUGCCAACUUUUUGGGACGCCCAGAAUCAAUUCUGUGUUUUGAGCCGGACCGAGCAUCAAGCACCAAAACAGUUAUAGAUGUCAGCUAUCUUCUAGAAAAAGCGACACACAUUUUUCAACAGGAUCCUUCUUAUCUAGGACCGUAUGAAAUGAAAUCUAGCCUGGAAAGGGUCACGUAUGCAAUGGAUGCUAUGAAAUCCAAGAAAAUGAACCACCCGCUUUCAUUAAGCGAAGUUAUUGGUAAAACUGAAACUUUCCUUUUCUAUGAGUACACGUUCCUUGAAGCUGCUCACUGGCUCGCCGAGUUUCCGGAACUCCAACAGCUUAAUGUGGAGAUGGACAUUCUAAAAUCCGCAUGGACCAUAUGGAUGAGAUUAGAUGCGUUGGCGGAGACGGCUGAGUAUAAUCGGCUAAAUGGGAGAUUGGACAAUGGGAUCCAAAUUUGUACAAGGGGGGCAAAACUGAAAAUAGAGGAGAUCAAAAUGGAUUUGAGAUGGUGCACGAAUUAUUCGGCAGAACAGAUUGAGAGUUUUAUGAACCGCGAAUUCGGUCUGAAAUGGAAUCGAAUCAUAGAUGAGGUCAUGAUAUGUAACCCAACCAGUUUUGAACUCAACUACAUGCUUCUCCAACUCUGUCUUCAUAACGCCGGCAAAAAACACCAAGGGAACGUUCUAGAAGCCACCGAAAGUCUACUAGGAAUUCUAGCUGACAACUUGCACGCCUACUAUUCGAACAAGAUAAGAAAGACAAAUUAUUCUGGACGAAUUGCACAAAUGAUGAAGAUCAACAGGAUGAUUGAAGUGGAAUUGAGAGAUCGUAUAGAGAAGAAUUCCCUGGCUAAUGUUUUUGAUUUGUAUAAAGUCGAGUAUUCUCAUCCGGAGAUGUUUGAUUUGGUGUAA